UCCUCACCUCCACGCUUCCAAGGGCGUCUUAUUACGUCACAGUGGUUCCUGUACCCAAGUCGGAAUCCUUGAGGCCCGAAUAUGAGCGAAAGAUAGUGUCUACAACACUCGCCAGAAGAGGCCCCGUUCCCUCACACUUCCCGCCGCAAUGGAAGUCUCCAGUUUGGGUAAAUAAAAGGAUUGUGGGCAAAAAAACUACGAUUUCCAGCAUGCAUUGCGGAUCAAAAGGCCUUCGUCACUGUGUUCCUUGGAAACUGUAGUCUUAUGGAGAGGAACUUCCGACACUGGAAGUGGGCACGAGUCUCACGGCAACCUAGUUGAUAAUCUAAAAAGCUCCGUACGCUUAUGCACGUCAACAGACAUGGAUUGGAGUGUUAUGUUUUCGUAUCUUGAGAGCGGAGAAUAAGCUAAAGAACCUACAAGUCCUAGGAAGACUCCAAUUCCCAGCCAGCCCCGCGAGUCUCGGCCUCACAGUAUGGAACCACAGGUUACUCUAAAUGUGACUUUUAAAAAUGAAACUCAAAGCUUUCUGGUUUCCGAUCCAGAAAAUACAACAUGGGCUGAUGUCGAAGCUAUGGUAAAAGUUUCAUUUGACCUGUACACUAUUCAAAUAAAAUAUCUGGAUGAGGAAAAUGAAGAGGUAUCCAUCAACAGUCAAGGAGAGUAUGAAGAAGCACUUAAGAUGGCAGUUAAGCAGGGAAACCAACUGCAAAUGCAAGUCCAUGAAGGCUAUUGUGUAGUUGAUGAAGCUGCACCCCCAGUUGUAGCAGAAAAACAACCAGUCACGAGGGCAGGGAAGAAGCCACUUGCACAUUAUUCUUCACUGGUGAGAGUCUUGGGAUCAGACAUGAAGACCCCCGAGGAGCCUGCCGCAGAGCAGUUUCCACUUGCUCCAUGUGACUUAGAUCAGCCUCAAGACAAGCCCCCAGACUGGUUCACAAGCUACCUGGAGACAUUUAGAGAGCAAGUCGUUAAAGAAACAGUCGAGAAGCUUGAACAGAAAUUACAUGAGAAGCUUGUCCUCCAGAACCCAUCCCUGGGUUCCUGUCCCUCAGAAGUCUCAAUGCCAGUUUCAGAGGAAACACUGUUUUUGCCAGAAAACCAGUUCAACUGGCAUAUUGCUUGCAGCAGCUGCCAAAGGAGGAUCUUUGGUGUGCGCUACCAGUGCAGCCAGUGUCCAUCCUACAAUAUCUGUGAAGAUUGUGAAUCAAGGCCAUAUGCCCACGACUCCAUGUGGAGACCUGUUGUGGGUUCCUCUGAACCAUUCUCUCACUCAAGGCUUUCUGCUCCUCGUCUUCCUGCUGCUCUGGAACAAGCCAGGCUCCAGAAACAGGUUGACAAGAAUUUUCUUAAAGCAGAAAAGCAAAGGUUGCGAGCUGAAAAGAAACAACGUAAAGCAGAGGUCAAGGAACUUAAAAAGCAGCUUAAACUCCACAGGAAGAUUCAUCUGUGGAAUUCGAUCCAUGGACUUCAGAGCCCCAAGUCUCCUUUGGGCCGACCCGAGAGCUUGCUGCAUUCUAAUACCCUGAUGCUCCCUUUGCAACCCUGUGCCCCAGUUAUGCCAACCCUCAGUGCAGCAUUUGUGGAUGAGAAUUUGCCUGAUGGGACUCACCUUCAGCCAGGAACCAAGUUUAUCAAACACUGGAGGAUGAAAAAUACAGGAAAUGUAAAGUGGAGUACAGACACAAAGCUCAAGUUCAUGUGGGGAAACCUGACUUUGGCUUCUACAGAAAAGAAGGAUGUUUUGGUUCCCUGCCUGAAGGCUGGCCAUGUGGGAACUGUGUCUGUGGAGUUCAUCGCCCCAGCCUUGGAGGGAACGUACACAUCCCAUUGGCGUCUUUCUCACAAAGGCCAGCAGUUUGGGCCUCGGGUCUGGUGCAGUAUCAUAGUGGACCCUUUCCCCUCCACAGACAGCUCUGAUAACAUCGAAAAGGGGAUGAUCAGCUUAAGCAAAACUGGUGAUCUCACCUGCCAGCAAGAGGAAGCUUUUCUUCUGGCCAAAGAAGAAAUUCAGCUUGGUGCAGUGACUGAGCAGACAGAAGAGACGGAAACCUGCAUCCCACAGAAGACCAAAAAUAUUGCCAGCGAGAGGGAGCUCUACAUCCCAUCUGUAGACCUUUUGACUGCCCAGGAUCUGCUGUCCUUUGAACUGUUGGAUAUAAACAUUGUUCAAGAGUUGGAAAGAGAGCCCCACAACACCCCCGUAGAUAUGACUCCCUGCAUGUCUCCUCUGCCACAUGACAGUCCCUUAAUAGAGAAACCAGGCUUGGGGCAGAUACAGGAAGAGAGUGAAGGGGCGGGAUUUAAAACACUUCCUGAUUCCACAGUGUCAGUAAAGAGGAAAAUUGAGAAUGUUGCUUUAGUGGAGGAGGCAGAAGAUGACCUGAGUGGGACCCAGUUCGUGUGUGAGACUGUAAUCCGAUCCCUUACCUUGGAUGCUGCCCCUGACCACAACCCACCCUGCAGACAGAAUUCCCUGCGCAUGAAAUGUGCCUUGCCUGAAGAGGGACCACUUGGAGAUGAGAGGGCAGAGAUUGUCCAUAUCGCUGAAGAAGAAGCUGUUGAGGAGGAGGAUGAGGAGGAUGAACUCAAAGAUGAAGUUCAGAGUCAGUCCUCUGCUUCCUCAGAGGAUUACAUCAUCAUUCUGCCUGAGUGCUUUGACACCAGCCGCCCCUUGGGGGACUCCAUGUACAGCUCCGCACUUUCGCAGCAAGGCCUGGAGCGAGGGGCUGAAGGCGAGCCUGGGGUUGAGGCUGGGCAGGAACCAGUCGAGGCUGGGGAGAGACCCCCUGGAGGGGAGAACCAGCCUCAGGGGCACAGCAUCAAUGAUAUCCUCAUGACUUCACAGACUCUGGACACAGUGCCCCUAACCCCAGAAGUGGUGGGGCCUCCACCACAGCUGCCCAGGAGCCCUCCUUGUGCACAGCGUCAUGGCUCCCCAGGAAUGGAUUUACCAGUUACCAUACGAGAAGUUUCUUCAAUCCCUGAUCAGAUCAGAGGAGAGCCCAGAGGCUCAUCAGGACUUGUAAACAGCAGACAGAAGAGCUAUGACCACUCAAGACACCACCACCAUGGGAGCAGCAUUGCUGGAGGACUGGUGAAGGGGGCUUUGUCUGUCGCUGCCUCUGCAUACAAGGCCUUGUUUGCUGGGCCACCAGUCACUGCACAGCCAAUAGUUUCUGAAGAUCAGACAGCAGCCCUGAUGGCCCAUCUCUUUGAAAUGGGAUUCUGUGACAGGCAGCUGAACCUGAGGCUGUUGAAGAAACACAAUUACAACAUCCUGCGGGUUGUGACAGAACUCCUUCACAUCAACAACAAUGACUGGUACAGCCACCGCUAUUGAGGAGUGACCAUGUGUAUUAAAUAACUUUGCUGCUCAGAGAUGAUCUUUAUUCUGUCAUUGGGGUGCGAGAUAGAUGCCCUUGCUUACCUUUUAAUCUGAUGAAUCUGUAUAGAGCUCAUCACUGAAUUGUCAAGACAAUAGCUGUAUUACAGUAUUUUUUGGAGCAAAUCAAAGACCAGAACGUAAAUUUUCACUUUAGACAUUGGAUGAGUAGUAGGAAGACAACUUUUCAGUUGAUAUGGAUAAAAUUCCUUUCUCCAUUUUAGUGCAUUGAAGAGUAUAACUUGAACUUCCUAUACAGCCUUUUUUCUUUCUGCUUGAAUUGAAGUUGAGUAUUUUUCUGGGUUAAUGUGGAUAUUUUUAUUGGGUUGUGUGUUGUCAGUUUUUAAAAGAAAUUAACCCUGAAAGCUGUUUUCAAGAAUUAACUCUCAUAUAAUUUCUCUACCCUACCCCAAGCCUCGUAGCAAGGUGGUAUUGAAAUGGCACCCAGAGCAUGAUAGGAAUGUUGUUGUUCUUCCUUUCUCAAGGAGAAAAUCAUUUCCCUGCAAUACUUAGUAAUUGGCACUGCUGUUUUCUGAGGAGCCCAUUCAUGCAUUUAAGAAUAUCUAGCUUCUGGGUCUCUGCACUUAGGUGAAAGGAAGGGGGAGUGUGCUAAUUAGACCACCAGCACCUAUUUAGCAGUGUCUACUGUAGUAAUUUUGCAUCCAUUUUUCUUCUAUUUAAGGGAAAAAUUUUAGGUAGUGAGAUAUUUUGCUAAUCUUGUAGAGAAGGAAAACUCUUAAAGGGAAAAGUAAAUUUAACAGUUACCUUUUUUCUUAUGUCGGGGCAGAUCUUAUUUACAGUAGGGUGGGGGGAAAUAGAAACAUGAGACAAGUGAAAGGCAGGCUCCUGUGUUAAUCUCAGGAAAGUUCAGGGAUGGGCAGUUGAGUGUAGUGAGGCACGGGAAAGCAUGAUGGCUUUCUACAUGUCUGAAGUCUCUUCUGGGCUAUCUAGCCCUAGAGUCUAGAACAGGAAGAAGAGGCUGGUGUUUUGCAAAACUUGGAUGGGGGCAAACACUAAAAAAAUAUUGGUUUAACCCCAGAAUGAGUUGGGGAGAGCUUGCUUCCAGGGGUGCAUGUCCUCGCUUUGUUUACAGAAGGGAAUUUGGGUACAAUUGAAGAGGUUACAAAAAACACUAAAAUAUGUUCAUGAAAAUGACUUCCAGAAAAAGAAUCUGACCCCCAGCUCGAAGGGGGAAGGAUAGCAAAAUAGUAUUAUUUAACCCAGUUGGUAUUUAUAAUGAAUGAUUUUAAGUACUCAUUAGCCAUAAUGAUGUUUAUUUACAGUAUAACUCUCAAAUGCUAUUAAGCCAGGAGUCACAGUACAAGACAACCAGGCUGUUCAUUAUUUAAAACGUUUUUAUCUGGGCUUCUGGGUAGAGGCUGAGCGGCUGGAUGUGUGUAAUUAAUUGGGUUGAUGUCGGACGCGACCUGUCUUGACCAUCUAAGUCAUAUUGUAGGGGUCCAGGAGGGCCCUGGGCUCCGGUCGUCCGUCCCGUUGUACUUGUACAUAACCGCUGAAAGAAUGGUAAAAUAAAGGUUCUUUGAAACUCCU